UUUAGCGGUAUGAUUCCCUGGUUCAGUUUUCAACGUCACUCUGCGGCAUUGCCCCCUGCUCUGCGGGGUCUCUUCCAUUAGCUUCUCUCUGAAUCCCAGAAUCUCUCAGCCGCGUUGUCAGACCACGAGUUAGCCUGCCCAUGCCCCCCAUAAGCUCCAUGCACCCCCCCUCAUUCGACUCCGUGUGCGUCGUGAAUCUGACGACUUUUACAUUCAUGGGCAAGUGGUGCCACCAUUGUCGCCAAACGGGUUAAUCCUAGAUUGUCAAGGGCUGCCUACUGCGGACGUGUGUAGCCAGGACAGCGUGUUUGAGAGGGGGAUUGUGAAGGGACGUUCGGGAGUCCUGAGCUGUGUUUCAUUAGAUUGCUCAAUUGGCUGGCUUCAAAGAAUGUAGCAAGGUUAGCCGAGCGUGUACAGUGGGUUCAUGUUGUUGGUAGGCGCUUGUUCCGUGACUGGUUUGUAGAUCGUGAAUGUUGAAUCCUCUGAGAGUCGGUAGCGAAUUGUUGGGUGAGUGAUCGACGACGACGACCUCAUCGAUUCUAUCUGUUCAACAUGGCGACUUGUUGGCGAUAGUCGUUGUAGCCACUAGUCUUAGGCGAGGGUGUGAUAUAAGCGAAUACAUUUGUUGGAUUGGGCUUCUGCCAUGGGCUGUUCAUCAUCUUCUCCUGCUGCUGUGAAAGGCUCUGGACGUUUACAAACCACCUCCCAGCCCGAUGUGUUGGAUUCUAAAAAUCUGCGCAUUAAGCUGGUUCUAUUGGGUGACUCAGGAGUCGGCAAAAGUUGCAUCCUCUUACGAUUUGUUCGCGGUCAAUUCGACCCAUCGUCCAAGGUGACGGUUGGUGCGUCUUUUCUCUCUCAGACAAUUAAUUUGCAAGACUCAACCAUCAAGUUCGAAAUAUGGGACACGGCUGGACAAGAACGGUAUUCCUCAUUAGCGCCUCUAUAUUACAGGGGAGCAUCAGCGGCGGUUGUAGUUUACGAUAUUACCAAUCCGGAAACAUUCCUGAAAGCGCAGUUCUGGGUCAAGGAGCUCCAAAAGCAUGGUAACCCUGACAUCGUAAUGGCGUUGGUUGGAAACAAAGCUGACCUCGAAAGUGAACGUGAAGUAUCUCGCGAAGAAGCCCUUGCCUAUGCUGAAAGUAACGGCAUGUUCUUCAUCGAAACGUCAGCAAAGACUGCUGAUAAUGUGAAUCAAUUAUUUGAGCAAUGCACUGAGGGCGAUAUUGCCAGGAAGCCCAAGCAUCCAAGUCUGUACAGCCGGUCGAGAAAUUCUCUGUCCAAGGUUCAUCAGUUUCGCAGAAUCCAUCCCUCAAUUCGGGCCUAUGUUGGUAGCGGAGCUGCAAUUUUAGCAGAUGGGGAAAGUACGAAGGAUUGGGAAGUCACCGAGAGGCUAUUACGGGUUGCGUUGGGAAAUUUGAAGGAGAAGCUUGAAAAGGUUAAUUAUGCUCAAAGGUGUUUGGUGUAUGUGAGGACUGGGGAAUGGAGAAGGCGACGGGGUGCAGCAUUAGGUGCAGAGGAGCUAAGUUCCAUUUCUGUUGCACAUAUAUGUAAGAAGAACUCAGCGUUGUUGGAGGGCAUUAAUGCGGUGGGUGGAAAAGCAAUGGACUCAACAAUGCAGCUUCUCAAUAGUUCCAAUGUAUCGAGUGAGCUUAUUGAUGGACAGAGUGGGAGGGGUAUUAUUUUUUCUUCUUUUAGGUUGAAUGAAGCUCAAGUGCAAAGAAUCUCUGUAGGCUCAACCGUGUUAUCUGGAGGACAGACGCGACGCUCACAGCUAUAUUCUUUGUCCAUUUCUGGAUGUCCUAAAGGUGAAGGGCACAAGUACCUUCCUUCAGCUCAUGUAUGUGCAAAUGCAUCAGUGGAUGGUGCUGCUGAACAAUCGAAAAAUGUACCCACAGCGAAGGAUGCAGUUGCUUUGCUGAAGAUUCGUGUUCAACAAGGCAUUGUUAUAGACUCUUUCUCAUACGUUGAUAUUCUGCAAAGGUGCUUGAAGCAGGAAGAUAUACUGUUGGCCAAGCAGGUUCAUGUCUGCAUAAUAAAAAGUGGAAUGGAGCAAAAUUUAUAUGUGGCUAACAAGUUGCUAAGAGUCUACAUUAGAUGUGGGAGGUUGCAGUGUGCACGCCAAGUAUUUGACAAACUUGUGAAGAAGAACAUUUAUAUUUGGACCACCAUGAUUGGAGGUUAUGCUGAGUAUGGUUAUGCUGAAGAUGCAAUGAAAGUUUAUAGUCAAAUGCGUCGAGAAGGUGGGCAGCCAAAUGAAAUAACUUACCUGAGCAUUCUGAAGGCAUGCUGUAGUCCAGUAAGUUUAAAAUGGGGCAAGAAAAUCCACGCCCACAUUAUUCAGAGUGGCUUUCAAUCAGAUGUGCGUGUUGAAACUGCCCUCGUCAACAUGUACGUGAAGUGUGGCAGCAUUGAUGAUGCCCAGCUGAUUUUUGACAAAAUGGUCGAGCGCAACGUUAUCAGUUGGACCGUUAUGAUCGGUGGGCUUGCACAUUACGGACGUGGCCAGGAAGCGUUUCAUCGCUUUCUGCAGAUGCAGAGAGAAGGUUUUAUUCCAAACUCAUAUACUUAUGUGAGCAUUCUUAAUGCAAAUGCAAGUGCAGGAGCUUUAGAAUGGGUGAAGGAGGUUCAUAGUCAUGCUGUUAAUGCGGGACUUGCAUUGGAUUUGCGUGUAGGAAAUGCACUUGUUCACAUGUAUGCCAAAAGUGGCAGUAUUGAUGAUGCUAGAGUAGUGUUCGAUGGAAUGGUGGAACGGGAUAUAUUUAGUUGGACAGUGAUGAUUGGUGGACUUGCUCAACACGGGCGUGGCCAGGAAGCAUUCUCUCUCUUUCUUCAGAUGGAGAGAGGAGGGUGUUUACCGAAUUUAACAACCUAUUUGAGCAUCCUCAAUGCCAGUGCAAUUACAAGCACGGGGGCUUUAGAAUGGGUGAAGGAAGUUCACAAGCAUGCAGGGAAAGCGGGAUUCAUCUCAGAUUUGCGCGUUGGCAAUGCACUUAUUCACAUGUAUGCCAAGUGUGGCAGUAUCGAUGAUGCUCGCCUGGUUUUUGAUGGAAUGUGUGAUCGCGAUGUAAUCAGUUGGAACGCGAUGAUAGGUGGACUUGCUCAAAAUGGGUGUGGGCACGAAGCGUUCACCAUUUUUCUAAAAAUGCAGCAAGAAGGAUUUGUACCAGAUUCAACUACAUAUUUAAGUCUUCUCAAUACACAUGUUAGUACAGGUGCUUGGGAAUGGGUGAAAGAAGUCCACAAGCACGCUGUGGAAGUGGGACUUGUAUCGGAUUUGCGUGUGGGCAGCGCAUUUGUUCACAUGUACAUCAGGUGCGGCAGUAUUGAUGAUGCCCAGCUAAUCUUUGAUAAAUUAGCAGUACGAAAUGUAACAACAUGGAACGCAAUGAUUGGCGGAGUUGCUCAACAGAAGUGUGGGCGUGAAGCACUCUCUCUCUUUCUCCAGAUGCGAAGAGAGGGUUUUUUUCCAGAUGCAACAACUUUUGUGAACAUUCUCAGUGCAAAUGUGGGCGAGGAAGCUUUAGAAUGGGUGAAAGAGGUUCAUAGUUAUGCUAUUGAUGCAGGUCUUGUGGAUUUGCGUGUGGGCAAUGCGCUUGUUCAUAUGUACGCGAAAUGUGGAAAUACUAUGUAUGCCAAACAGGUUUUUGACGACAUGGUGGAACGUAAUGUAACGACAUGGACUGUGAUGAUUAGUGGACUUGCACAACACGGGUGUGGGCAUGAAGCAUUUUCUCUCUUUCUUCAAAUGCUGAGAGAAGGAAUUGUUCCAGAUGCUACAACUUAUGUCAGCAUCCUUAGUGCAUGUGCAAGUACAGGAGCUUUAGAAUGGGUGAAAGAGGUUCAUAGUCAUGCUGUGAAUGCGGGACUUGUCUCAGAUUUGCGUGUGGGUAAUGCACUUGUUCACAUGUACGCCAAGUGUGGCAGUGUCGAUGAUGCUAGAAGAGUCUUUGACGAUAUGUUGGAACGGGAUGUAUACAGUUGGACAGUGAUGAUUGGUGGGCUUGCACAGCACGGACGUGGUCUAGAUGCCCUUGACCUUUUUGUUAAAAUGAAAUUAGAGGGUUUUAAACCCAAUGGAUACUCCUUCGUAGCUGUUUUGUCAGCCUGCAGUCAUGCGGGUCUUGUGGAUGAAGGUCGGCGCCAGUUUUUGUCUCUGACCCAAGAUUACGGCAUAGAACCUACAAUGGAGCAUUACACCUGCAUGGUGGAUCUUCUUGGGCGGGCCGGGCAGCUGGAGGAAGCAAAGCACUUCAUUCUUAAUAUGCCAAUUGAGCCAGGUGAUGCACCCUGGGGAGCCUUGCUUGGGGCCUGUGUAACUUAUGGAAAUUUAGAAAUGGCUGAAUUUGCUGCCAAAGAGCGUCUUAAGUUGAAACCAAAGAGUGCCUCUACGUAUGUGCUCCUCUCCAACAUCUAUGCGGCAACUGGCAAUUGGGAACAGAAGUUACUCGUGCGCAGUAUGAUGCAGAGAAGAGGAAUUCGCAAGGAGCCAGGGCGUAGCUGGAUUGAGGUUGAUAAUCAGAUUCACAGCUUUGUUGUAGGGGAUACAUCCCAUCCUGAAUCAAAGGAGAUUUAUGCUAAGCUGAAGGAUUUGAUUAAAAGGUUGAAGGCUGAAGGUUAUGUUCCUGAUACCCGACUUGUAUUGCGCAAUACUGAUCAGGAGUACAAAGAACAAGCUCUUUGCUCUCACAGUGAGAAGCUGGCUAUAGUGUAUGGACUAAUGCAUACUCCUUAUAGAAAUCCUAUUCGAGUGUACAAGAACCUUCGGGUCUGUUCAGAUUGCCAUACAGCAACCAAGUUCAUCUCAAAGGUGACCGGACGCGAGAUAGUUGCUAGGGAUGCAAAGCGAUUCCAUCACUUCAAAGAUGGUGUGUGUUCUUGUGGCGAUUACUGGUAACUAGGUGGGAAUUACAUCACGUGAAUGUAAAUCCUCUGGAUGAAAAUCCCACUCUUAAUAGGAGAAUUGUCUUCUCAAUUCUUGUAACUUUGACCAAAUCAAGAGUUUCAACUGUUGUCAUGAAGCAUUAUGGCAUUCAGACUU